UCCUAGCUGUAUAGACUGCUUAAUAACCCUAUAUUGAAGGCGAUGGAUGAUGAUGAUAAUGGAAGCCAUUAAUUCGUAUAAGUAGCUCACAGAGCCAUCCUCGUGCAUGGGUUCACGCAAUUGGUAGCCACAGUGAAAAUUAAAAACCACCCUCUAAAAUCUAACCACGCACACGCUCUAGCUGCAUUGCUGCAUUUACCCCUUUCAUGAGGGACGUCUCCCUCUUUUUAUUUCCCUCUCUCUCUCUAACCACCCACUACAGCUACAGUGCCACCACCUCUUCUUAUAUAUAGCCAACUUUCUCUCCUUUUCACCAUCAACAAUGGUAUCUUUAGUUUUCUCUCUCCAUCUGUCAAAGUACACAGAAUAAAUCAUAGGCAAGAAAGAUUGGUGUUGGUGCAUGUCAGAGCUGUCCCAUAUAUUAUUGAAUUUGGAGAUUAAGGUACAAAUACAUAGGCCAGCUCGAAAACAAUAAUACUGUAGUAACUGCUGCUGCUCCUGCUUCUCCAAUUGGUUGAGAAUCUGGACAUAUGGAUCAAAGUUUGCUCUGCGAUGAGGUGUGGCCUUCCAGCCCUUUGACGACUGCUAUGAACUACAUGAUUGAUUGUGGAACAUUAUCAAUGUAUGCAAGAAGUAAGGAUGACUAUGAUGAAUCUUUUACUAUAUGCUUGGAGAAGGAGAUGAGUUACAUGCCCCAACCGAACUACGUAGAAAAUCUCUGCUCAAAUCAUUUGGUCAUUGCUAGGUUUAAAAGCAUUCAAUGGUUUAUCAAGUCUAGAAGCCGCUUGAACCUCUCCCUUAGAACUGUUUUUUAUGCUGCAAACUACCUUGAUCGCUUCAUAUCUAUGAAUCACUGUAAUCCAUGGAAAUAUUGGAUGGUGGAAUUGUUGUCUAUUGCUUGCUUAUCCAUUGCCUCCAAGUUUAAUGACACCUGCUCUCCUACCUUGCUUGAAAUUCAGAGGGAGGAUCUGGACUACUCUUUUGACUCCAUCACAAUCCAACGAAUGGAAAUAAUGGUGCUAGAGGCAUUAGGAUGGCGCAUUGCUUCUACAACAGCUUACUCGUACCUAGAACUGCUGUUAUCAUUGAUCAAUCUUGACUCCAGAUCCUUUAAACCUCAAAUUCAGGAACAGUUGAUUACCAAAUUCAACAACUUGCUUCUUGGAGCUAUUUCAGACUCGAAGCUGCUGGAGUUUAGGCCAAGCGUGGUUGCCAUAUCUGCUCUAAGUUGCAGCCUAGACAAGUCAAUUAUUUCAAGUACAGCAUCUGAUACCUACCUAGCCUGUGCUACAAGUCUACUGGAUAACAAUCAAAAGGCUGAGUUGGUCAAGUGCCAGAAGCUCAUGGAAGCACAAGCAGUAGCUGAUGAUUGCUUCUACAACUUACUAGCUCACAGGGUUUUCCAUUUCUGCCCUUCAAGUCCCACAACUGUGUUGCUGAAGGAGCGGAUUAACUUUUCUCAUUAUCAUGUUGAUUUCUCCCUCUUUAAGAUGAGAGCUCAAAGAAUGGACACUGCGGAAUCAACAGCAAGGAUCUGCCGGAAGAGAAAGAGGGAAGAAGAAGAAGAGUAAAAAAAAAAAAAAAAAAAGGUGUCUUUCAUUUUUCCUUUUAAUCUUUAACUUGUAUGCAACUAUAGUAACAACAUAUAGUGAGAUUUACGGCCAAGAAAGUCUUGGCCCAGAAUUUAAACAAACUCCAUGAUAUU